GGCUACAAAGUUAUACUACCUUAUGCUGUAUGCACGUUAUUCCAGGUUCGAACGUGUAGAAGAAGGUUGGCUUUUGUUUAAAAGACCUUGUUUUAUCAAUUUACAUACAUGACGCCCUUCACGCUUUUUUUCUAGUAGUCAACACCCAACCGAAAUGGAUACACUCGAACUCUUCACCACCAUCCGAUGUGAUCUAGAACUUUUGAGAGUCGCUGACCAGCUGUCAGAAAAUGUUGGCUGGAAUCAACAUCCGUCUCCUUUCUAUAUGCUCGACUUCCACCGCGAUCGUAUGCUCAAGGCUGCCGUUCACUGGGGCUGGGAUGCUGCCGCUAAGACUCUUGAUGGCGAGACCGGUCUGCGGUUUAUGGAGAAAUUCCUGCGAGAUAAUGUUUCAGAUCUUGCGAGCACACCUUAUGCGGCCAAAAUUCUCAUCAAUGAACAUGGCGCACUGAGUAUUGUAGAACGGCCAACGGGACCAGUCCACUUGAAUAAUCUCUUCCCCUCACACCUCCCAGCACCAUUGCAUCAUGAUACUCAGCAUCCUCUGGAAGCUAGGAGGGAAGCUAGUAGGGUUCCUGAGCGGAAUUUUGACUAUGAAAUUCUGGUAGAUGGACAAAGGACGACACAGUCUGAGUUCACACACUUUAAAACGACCCACAGGCCUAUGUACGAAGAGGCAAGACAUCGCGCCGGCAUUAACAGUCCUGCUGACAAGAAAGAAGUGCUUCUUAUCAACCACCGGGAUGGAUCUAUCAUGGAAGGUAGUAUCACGACCCCAUACUUUUGGAGGAACGGUAGAUGGGUAACUCCGCCAGUCGCGGAAGAAUUCGACAUGGCACGGGGAAGUGGUGGCAAUCGGGGCACGAGUAGAAGAUGGGCGCUGGAAAGGUAAGAUUAUAUUUUCACGAACUGUAUAAAAACCCACGAGCGGGGCUGAACUUAGUAGGGGACUCGCCGUCGAGGAUAUUGUCUAUGCCGACUCACUUAUCGACGGAGAAGAGUGCUGGAUUAGCAACGGCGUAAGAGGCUUCAUUCAUUGCAGAAUAAAAAUAUCAUGAAGAUCGACUCAUUUACUUGAUCGUAGCUGGCGGCUACGAUGGAAUACCAAUUGGCAUACAUAUAUUCAAGUAAAUGGCCCCCAACUUAAGCGGGCACAUUGGUUUAGUGUACUGGGUUGUAACAUACCUACCUAGGUAUACAUUCGCGAAGGUUCCUGCCUGGCCGAGAAGAGUGUUAAGACCGAUAUGGGUUCAGAUUGCGCUGCGUGCGCCUUGUUGUUGAGAAGGCAUCAG